AUGGAAUAAAACAGUUAAGACCAAAACGAAUAUUACGAAAACGAAGACCAAUAUGAAGAAGUAGAAGGAGAAGGAGAAGGAGAAGAAGAAGGAGAAGAAGAUGGCGACGACCAAUACGAAUAUCAAGAAGAAGGUGAAGGAGAAAAAAAUUAUAAUAAUGACCAACAAUAAGAAUACGAUUAAGAAGAAGAUGAAAUAUAUGAUUAAAACGACUAAUAAUACAAUAAUAAUAGUAUCCAAAACAACCAAAAUCAAGAUAUUCAAAACUAUUCCGAAAACAAUAAUUAUUAACGUCUAGAAGAAGAUUAAUUAAAAUUAAAUAAUACAUAAAGUGAAAAAUAAAGCCAAUCAGAUAAAUAUUUUUAUGACUAAGAAUAUGAACCUAGAAAAUGGUAAUGGGCAACCCCUUUAAUUGAAGGAGUUCCUCCGUGUCCAAGAGGUGGACAUAGUGCAACCCUUUCAGGCGCAACAAUAGUUAUUUUUGGAGGACAUUAUUAUGCAGGAAAAGCAAAAGGUUAUGUAUAUUUAAACGAUACAUAUAUAUUAGAUGUAAAUUCUAAUAGAUGGAAUAAGCCUAAAAUAUCCGGUACACCUCCAGCUUCUCGUUAUAAUCAUUCAGCAAUCCUCGCCGGUUCUCGAAUUAUAAUAUUUGGAGGGAAAGGUUAAAAAGGUAAAGUUUUUCGUGACCUCCAUGCUCUAGAUCCCGUAACAGCGACCUGGUAUUAAGGUCCCGAAGGUAGUGGUUCACCUUCUGCUAGAUUCGCUCAUUCUGCAAAUUUAGUCGGAGGUUCAAAAAUGCUUAUUUUCGGAGGAUGGAAUGGCAAUGAAUUUUUCAAUGAUUUAUAUUUAUUAGACUUGGAAGUUAUGGCCUGGACUUAGCCGUCUUCUUCUGGUCCUGCGCCAUCCCCAAGACAGGGCCAUACUGCAAUUUAAGUUGGGAAUAAUUUAAUUAUAUAAGGAGGCUUUUGUUUUGAUGAUGAAAAAUAAAAAAAAUGUGGGUUUAAAUAAGGUACUUAAUUACGCUCCUGCUUUUUGAAUGACUUAAGGAUACUAGACACCGAUAAUUUUAUCUGGUCGAGACUUAGAGUUAGCGGAACACCGCCAACUCCAAGAUAUGGACAUGCCUCGAAUAUUUCAGGACCUGAUAUUAUCUUUUUUGGAGGUUGGUCGUAUAAUUCAGGAGCUAGAGGAGAGUAAAAUUUCAUUCCGUAAGCUGAUAUUGAUUAUUUCUUGGUGCUUAAUACAGAAACUAUGUGCUGGGAAAAAGGAAGAUUUGAAGGUAUUCCGCCACUUAAUAGAUAUGGACAUACUGCUAGUUCUAUCGGACCUCAUAUUUUGAUAUUUGGGGGAUGGGAGUUCAAUAGAGCAACAAAUGAGGUUGUCGUUUUAAGAGAUAUGGGAAAUGGAUAAUAGUAAUAAUAAUAAACAGGUAAGAGUAAAUGAUGUUUUUAUGUAUUUUUUAUUAAUAUAAACAUUUUUUUUUUAUUAUUAUUUUUUUUAAAUAUAACUAAAAAUUUAUUUUAAAUUUUAAGAAAUCUGAUUUAAAUA